CACUCGCUCGCGCGUCCCCACAUAUAAGACCUGCCUCCCCUCUUCGCGCCCGAGACAAACCAUGCACCGAACCACGAACACCACGUCGUCCGAGCCAUGCCUGCAGAACUCCCACCAAGCCCCGAAGCGCGAGCAGCAGCAGCAGCAGGCGCACCCUCGGGCCCCUCCUUCCCCCACCCAUCCAAAAUGCGUGCUCAAAUCCGAGCAGCAGGGCGCGCUGGGCGUGCGGGGCGCCACGCGGACGGUCCUCGACCCGGACGCGCCGCAGCAGGUCAAGGACGACGUGCUUCGGCAUCUCGACGGGCUCGCUGGGGUGAACGAGGCGCCGUUCGCGCACAGCAGUCGAGAGGCCGCGGCGCGCGCCGUGCAGGAGGACCCAUACGGGGAGGCCUGA